AUGGCUGAACUCGAUGCUCUUGAGGCCUUUUCCCCCCUCACUAAGGACAUAUUUCUUUCAUAUUACAAACCUUUCUCAAGCAGAACCAUUGUUUCUUGUCUGAAAGCUUUUCUUCUUCUUCUCUUAGCUCACAUGUCUCAACAGAUACAGAAAACAACUGCAAAUGGCAAAGAGAUGGUGUCCAAUCCCAAGCUGGAACCGGUUCAGGGGACCUUGAAUGUGGUGAUGAAGCAGAAUGUGACCCUCUCCUGCCUCUCUGAGCCUGCAUCCCCACCUGUCAGAUACACACUGUUCAAGCACAACCAGCAGGUAUCUGCUUUAAACAGGUCAGACUUGAGCCCUGCCCUGUUCACCCUGACCAUCAGCUCUGCCAGCGAUGUGGGGGAAUACAAGUGCAAAGCUGAGUAUAACAACUCCAGUGGUGGAAAAUACAGCAACAGCCUCACCUUCACCCUCUUAGAGCCAAUCUCCAAGCCAGUGCUGAGCUCCCCCACCUCUCAGGCAAAGAAAGGCCAGAACGUGACCCUGUCCUGCUUCUCGGAGAACGGAUCCCUCCCCAUCACCUAUCUAUUCUUCAAAGGAACACAAAACAUUUCUCCCCAAAAGACAAUGCAGAAGAGGAAAGCAGCUGUGAUUUUUCUAUUUAUCAAUUCCCUUAGUGACUUUGGAACCUAUAAAUGCAAAGCUAAUAACAGUUUUCCCAAUAUUACAAAAUACAGCAACGCUUUCAACUUUACAUUAGCAGCAGAAGAGAGAAGCCAUUCUCAGCCCCUGAUAAUUUCUCUUGGGCUGAUCCUGCUACUCCUUAUAAUAGGAUUUGCUCUGGCAAUUCCAUUUUUCCUAAUUCCUUUGUAUAAAGCAAAAAAAUUUAAGUCUUCCAGGCCCUCAACUGGCCUUAUUUCAAGAGUGAAUGCAGAGGAGUGUGAAAAUGAAGUCAUAUACUCAGAGAUUGAGCCUGUUACACCAGAAGAAGAAUACAUCAACUUCUCUGUUAUUAGAAGAGAAGAGGAAAAAGCAGGGAAGAGCCCAUGUGCUACAGUCUAUUCAAAGGUCCUCAUCAGAGACUGAGUACCAGGUAUGAUU